AUGAAAAACAUGGAAAACUACGUCCAUGUGGACGAAAAAUGCUUCUUCCUCAAACUCCCAAAAUGUGCAUUUUACGGACUCUUUGGAGAAAAGACUCCGCCAAGACCGGUGAAACACAAAAGCUUUAUCCUCAAGAUGGAUUUGCCAUCUCCGUCGCCUGCCAACCCGCCAACUCGACCGACACUAACGUGCUGGAUCUUGGAUUUUUUCGUGCCCUAUAAUGUGAAGCGUCAUGCACGAUCAUUGGACGGCAUUGUCACCAACGUACUUGCCGCGUGGAAUGAUGUGCAUUGGACGACGCUGCUUGCCAACUUCCGCACGCUGCAGUUCGUCUUGAUCGAGAUUCUCAAACGUGGUGGCGGCAACGGUUUCCGCUUCCCACAUCCGAAAAAGUGCCAACUGGAGGGCCAAGGCCGACUGCCCGAAGAACCGCUUUGUCCCGUCGACGUUCUUGAGUCUGCUUGUGUCCUUCUCAGCGCCGAGGACGAACGUGUCCACGAUGCGUCCGCCGAAGUGGAAACGGCUCUGGCGUCGAACGAAGUGGUGUUGUGCAAUGCGUUCGAAGAAUUGCAAAUUGGCAUCGAUGAUAUCGACGAGUUCGAUACGGAUUCCCUUUAUGAGUAUAUUCAACUUUAA